AUGAGCCACCUCCGCCGGACAUCCCGCCAGAACCCCCGCCACCUUCACAACCCCCACCCCCGGCCACAACGUUGCCCCGCCCCACUUCACCUAAAGCGAAACCCCACCCGUUCGAGCGCAGUAUGUGUAACCGAACAUUUCCGUUACAAAAUGGAUUGGCCUGCCGCCCUGAAUACCUGCGCAAUGCCAAAUGCCCCGUCCAAGGGAAAGAACGCCCCCAAGCCGACGAACCGACACCAGAAGGAUAACCAUUUUCCUGUGGCAAAUGUUGCGCGGCAGUGCGCUCUAAAACAGACCCCAAAGCCCACAUUAGGGCACGCCAUCCUUGGAACCCCACACGAGAAGCACCCGACACCCAAUUAA